UCCUUGGCGGUACAAGUUCUGAGCCGGAAUGGUGUUUGUUGCUUGUCCUGUGUUCGAAGUUCGAGAUUGUUGGCAUGUGCGCAGACGAGCGCCGAAGGGAGUGAAGAGUAGAGAAGCAGUAGCAGGAGCAGUAGCAAAUCGUACGAAGCACAGCGGCAAUAAAAUCCAUAACAAAACAAACAAGCGGUUCACAAGUUGUUUGUUAAAUGGGGUUUAAUAAUUUUGUUGUAUGUUAAACUCAUUUUGUAAUUUGAACGCCGUCGAGGAGUAAACAACGUGGGUCCUGGCGCUCGAGCAUGGUAUCGGUGUACUAGUACUCUAGUCGAUGUCCAGGACGAUCGGGGACUGCAACACCACCGUACAGGGAAGAGUGAAUGAAAGGAGGAACGGAAUACCUUGUGGUCUGACGGAUGUUUAGCGGGAUUGCGUCCAGCAGUAGUGGCCUAUGAACACAAGUGUAGAGAUGUGGAAGAAAUCAGUGCUCCAGUAGAGUUUUGAUUAGCUUCCGCGUCGCGUCGGAUAUUCGGGUGUGUGCCAGUGUGAAUCUUAAGGAAGAUGAUAGUAUAACCGUCGUGACUAAUUGAAAUUGUUUGGUUUCAUAGCUACUUCAAGUCACUCAAGUUUACCAGUGUAGAUCAAUACAAACGAAAUAAACAUGUCUUCCCCCGAUGUGGAUAUUGACGUUAACGUGGUGUCCAGCCCGGAACCGAGCCCGCGAGGAGCGCUAGGCUCGGAUAGUCCUCGCGGACCACACAGUGAUGAUGAGCAGAUAUCUUCGCCGGAUAGUACCCAUCUCCACCACAGCCACCUCCAGCAUCACCCAGCCCUCGCUAGUCACCUGCACCAGCAUAAUGCAUCUAGUCAACACAACUAUCACAGCAUAGCUAGUGGCUUAAGUAACAACAAUAACAACAACUCAAGCUUCUCGCACAGUCCAGAGUCGCGGCUUAGUCCACCAAAGACGCCUCCACCGACAACGCCGGAAGGCGGACAUCCGACGGUGGGGAAAACCUCGACCACCCCAGGAUACACCAGCUUUUCUAUCUCGAGCAUCCUUAGCCGGAGCGAACCAAGUGCAAAAAAGGGGGGCGUCGGUGUGAUAACGCCAAUCCCGUCGUUACCGUUGUCGGCGGCUGCUGCGGCGGCCGCUGCUGCCGUAGUGUCUUCAAAUGGAGGAGGUUGCGGAUCGUUGGCCAACGGAGCAAGUCCGCAGGAUGCGGCGAUGCUUUCGAGGUUGGGCUUCAUGUCGCAGUGGAGCGCGAUAGCAAAUCGGUAUGCCGCACUUUGUCCUCCCGGGUGGCCUUGGCCGCCAGCAGCCGCCCACCGGAUGCCCUUUCACAGUCCCACCAACGAAACCUCCGGCAGCAUUCUGGAGAACCAAUCGCCCUCGCUGACGCCACCACCCUCGCACUCCAAGACCCCACCGCCACAUCCCGCCUUCAUGGGAGCCAUGGGUGGCGGUGGCAGACCAAACGGAUCUUCGGGUCACCCGUCGGCAGGUGGAACUCACGGCAAUGGCCUCCACAACGGGUUCGGUUCCGGCGGAAGCAGCCUCGGUGGUGGCAGCGGCAGCACCGGCGGGGAUGACUGCGAGUCGGACGACGACGGGCAGGAAAUUAUCGAGGAGGACGACGACGGUAGCGACCGGCCGUCGGACUCGGCGUCACCCAACUCGAACGGGGCGAUGCAGGCCAAACGGAAAAAGAAGACCCGGACGGUGUUUUCGAGGGCGCAAGUGUUCCAGCUGGAGUCGACGUUCGAUAUGAAAAGGUACCUCAGCUCGUCGGAGCGCGCCGGUCUGGCAGCAUCCCUGCGGCUCACGGAGACGCAGGUGAAAAUCUGGUUCCAGAACCGUCGCAACAAAUGGAAGCGGCAGCUGGCGGCCGAACUGGAGGCAGCCAAUAUGGCGAACAUGGCGCAUGCGGCCCAGCGUCUCGUUCGCGUGCCCGUCCUGUACCACGAGGGGGCCGGCGGGUUCGUACCGCCUCCGCCCCAUCCCCACCACUCUCAGCAGCUGUACUACUCGGCGGCGGCGGCGGGCCGCGGUGGAAGCCCUCCGAGGCCACCACUUUCCUCCCUUGUGUAAUACUGUCAGGAGCAACAACAGUUGUAGUGGUAGUUGGAGCUGUAGCACAGUAGUGGUACAUAAAGCAGCAGCAGCACCAAUAAGAGUAGAGUGGUAAAUUCCCCAAGUGUUGAACCCCACAAACUGUGAGCAGAAUCGCUUUGUGAAGCAAUUUUAACGUAAUAGAGAAUGCCAAAUAAAACGAAAGAAAAAACACACAGAGAAAUAUGAUUUUAAACUUUGCGCAGGAAUGAUACAAGAGAAUGAUCUCCCCACCCUUCCCUUAGCUUUUAGAAAUUAUGUACAUACUAGUGAGGUGGCUAAAGUCGAGGGAAAAUGCAGCAGCUAACCAUUUUCAUACGCUAAAUGUGAGCGGCUCCAAAUCCAUCAGUUUCGGCUACAAUUUUUGGCAAAUAAUGUUUUUCAGCAUGUUAGAGAAUAAAAAAAACUGUAAGAAAUAUAAUAUCUCACGAUGGUACAGCCCAAAUUGGGUUUCAACAACAAAUUAUUAACCAAAAAUGGAUGAAAACACACCUGUAAAUAAAGAAAAACAAAACAAAUCUUUGUGCAGUUCCUACUCUCGAAACUCUGUACAGAGUGAAUUCCUAAAUAUCAAACAAGCAAACAAAAAAACACACACACAUUCACAAAUACUUUUAUCUAAAAUCACCUUAGAAACAUUUACUUCGCGCGCUUUCCUUGUGCUUCAGCAGAUUAUUUCCUUACCCUUGUCUGUGUAAAAUUACCUUGUAGUCAUGUGCUCCGUAAAACUUCUCUUU